UUUCUGCAUGAAUGCGUUCCGCAGGGUCUUCAGCUGCUUGUGUGUGUAGUGUGAGAGCGAUUGGUGUCGAGCUGUUGCUGCUCUCGAGCAGGCGAAACGCAAUUCAAAAUCCGCUCCCUUCUCUGUCGAAGUUUCUCUCCUCUCUCUCUCUCCCAACUGGAUUCCACCUCUCAGGUGUAUUCACACUCCUCUCCGCGUUUUUUUCAGUUGCCUGUCCCCUCUAAGACACUCGUCCUUUUUCCGAGUCGCUUUCCUCCCUCCUUCUCUCUUCUCUCCCUCCUUGACAUUCUUCUGUUUCCACUGCCAGCCAGCAUGGCGGACGCGGAGGUCUUCGGCCAAGUGUCGCCUGUUCCCGAGACGGAACUGGAUAUGUUGAAAAUGAUUUUAACGCCUUACGAAGGAAAAAUUGUAGAGCACCUUCCACAAACACAAGCGGCGAUUGUGUGCUUUCCAAACAGAGAAGCGUUGGAAGCCCUGCAGGAAAUUCCAAGUUACCAGACAGUUGAAGUUCCUCGUCCUCAGGAGGAGACGCGCGAGCCUCAACCUGCAGCUGAGGAAGAACUGCCUCUCAGAGGAGAAGAAGGAGAAAGAGAAGAAGAAGGAGAAAGAGAAGAAGAAGGAGAAGAAGAAGAGAGGGAAGAGACGAAUGCCCAAGAGCAGAGAGAGGAAGACGCAAGCCACACGGAGCAGGGCAUGGAGUCGCGCGCAGUGAAGGCAACGGAGAACGUCGUUCGAACCCCCAGAGAGACCGUUCCAGAAAAAGCGGCGCCUGCACUGGAGCCGCCGCCUUCUCACGCAGUCGCGGUCGACGCCCCUGUGGUCGGGGGAGGAAAGAGAAAGCCUCUGCCUUCCAACGAUGUUUUCUACCUUUUUGCCGACGAGAACGUCGCUGUGCCGACCUGGUGUGUCUUUCUCCUCGCCUACUCCGUCCUCGCGGUCUUCGGCGUCUGCUGAACUUCUUCGCCACUGCAACGUCCUCCUCACCUGCUCGGUCGAACUGCCUUUCGGGGGACGCAUGCGUGUAGACAUGUGUGUAUGUAUGCAUAUCUAUAUCUAUCUAUAUCUACUUAUAUAUAUCUUUAUAUAUAUAUAUAUAUUGUGUAUAAAUGCAUGUAUGCAUGCAUGUUUGCGGCAUACUCUAUGUACAUGCUUUUUUCGUCACAUACGUUGCAACGAAUUAUAUAGAUAUAGAUGUAAGUAUGCAUAGGUACGUCCUUU